UCUGGAUCAUUACAGAGUGGAGGCUUAAUCCACCGAUCUCAUUUUAACAUGCUUGUUAAAACGUAAUGUUUUGUGCAAACAUGAUUAUUGAUUGAAUCUUGAAACCUGAUAUUUUGAUGUAUUCGAUAUAUAUCUAAACAGUGUGCUUCAUCUGAAUGCACACAGAUCAUGCAGUAAUACUAAUCUAAAAUAACUAAUCUGAACAUGUGCAUUGAAAUGUGUGCUCUGCUUUUCCAAUGACAUCUGUUAUUCAUAUCCAAGCUGUGACAAAUGAGCUAAGUAGUAUAAUAAGGUCUGGCUCAUUUACCUUUGGGUGUAUUUGUGCACACAAUAUUAUGUGACAGUACAGUAGGAAAGGAAAGGAUACUUUGAUUCUCACUUAUAUUUUACUUACCUAAAAUGUGAUUAUACUGUAUGUUGUCAUGGACAAGUUUUAUUUAACUCAGUAAGUAUGUUUCUUGUCCAUCACUCUCUCCUGUUUGUUCUGUGCGUCCAUCUCUCUUUUUGUUUCUGUUGUGCAGACAUGAACAAGCUGAUUAACAUGCAUGCAUUUUCAUUACUAUGAUUAACUAGGUUGAACCUUGGUUCUGAAUGUGGUACAUCUAGCUUUGGAUAUAUUUUUGAACACAUUUUUAUGUGCAUAGGAAACGAAAGGAUACCUUGAUUCUCAUUUCAUUUUUACUUGCCUAUCAUUUAAUUAUACUGUAUAUUGUUUCUUGUUCUGUGUGUCCGUCUCUCUUUUUGUUUCUGUUGUGCAGACAUGAAGAGCAACAACAGCCUAAAUCCUGUCUAUUUCCAGUUGACUCUGUUUGCAGAUUAUGGGUCCCUCAGAUAUCUGUUCUUCAGUCUGUGUCUGUUGGUCUACAUGACUAUAAUCUCUGCUAACGUUGUCAUUAUUCUGACAGUCUGCCUGGAGAAGUCUCUGCAUCAGCCCAUGUACAUCUUUAUCUCUUUUCUGUCUUUAAACUCUCUGUACGGCUCAGCCGGCUUCUUCCCCAGGUUUCUGAUGGACAUUCUGUCUGACACUCAUUUCAUCUCACGUGCAUCUUGUUUCAUCCAGAUAUAUGUUAUUUACACAUAUGUAUCAUUUGAGCUGACACUUCUCGGCAUCAUGGCCUAUGAUAGAUUGGUUGCUAUUUGCCAGCCUUUACACUAUCACAGUAAAAUGAACUUCAGGAUGGUGAGGAAUCUUAUCAUAUUUGCUGUGGUCUACCCUGUAUUUGCUAUUGGUAUCUGUCUCCAUCUUACUGUCCGAUUGCCUUUGUGUGGAAAUAAACUGCACAGGCUUUUCUGUUCUAACUGGCCUGUAGUGCAGCUCUCCUGUGUGGACACAAGUCUGAACAACAUAGUAGGUCAGUUUGUUACAGUAACAACCAUCUUCAUCCCCCUGUUCUUUGUCCUGUACACCUACCUUCGCAUUCUGCUGGUUUGCAAGAGAAGCUCGUCUGAAUUCAGAGGAAAGGCGUUACAAACCUGCCUGCCUCACAUUGUGACAUUUAUGACCUAUUCUUUCUCUCUGUUCUGUGAGCUUUCAUUGACUCGAUUUGAGGGUGAUAAACUGAAUCCAGUCAUCACAGUAGUUUUAACUUUAGAGUAUUUGAUCAUUCCCCCAUUUAAUAACCCUCUAGUUUAUGGCCUGAAUCUGCCUCAAAUAAAAGGAGCCAUAUUUAGAUUUCUGAAGCAAAAUUUGUGCUAAAAUGUAAAACUCAGAUUUGAUUUGAUAGGAUUGUAGGUGUGUAUGGUAUGAAUUUGGAUGUUAAAUGUCUGUUGUAUUUUCUACUUCUAACUUCAUAUGUUGCUCAAUUUGUCUUUGUGUUAUGAACCAGUUGACCUUUGUAAUUAUAACCCUGGAAUGUGAAGACAAAUAAUAAUAAUAACAAUAAACAAGACAUUGCUGAGGUUGA